UAGCCUACAAAAUGAAAGCUUCCUCGGAAAACGGACCCUAUUCCACAAACCAAAGACCCUUUUUUUACGCACAACCGACAGCACAGCAACCUUUCCCUAAUCCGUGGUUCCUUGGCCCAAUGUACAACCCGUACGGCAUCCCUACAGCAGGCUUAAGAAGUGGGAGUCCAUAUUUCCCCCUUUACUCUGUUCCUGUUCAAGAGUAUCCUGGAUAUCUUCUUCCACAGCAUCCCAUGCAGAUGAGAGUUAACAGGAGACCCUAUUUUAAUGGUCCUCCGCCCUCAUCACCCAUGUUUUUCCAAGCCACACGCUUCAGGCACUAUAAUCCUGGGAAGCGAACAGAGACCAAAGAGACUCAGACUGACCCUAGGCAGGCUGAAAGUAAAGCGAAAAAACAUCAGGAACAUGGUAUAGAAGUGAGAGACUGUGAAAUAGGAAGCAUGGCCUGUGUCUCAUCUGGUGUUGGCAAAGAUGCUGACAUCUCUUUGGAAAAGGCAGAGAGGGCUUUAUCUCCUCUUGUUGCCGAGAGAGACUUUGCCAAGGGCUCUGCAGGUUCUUUACAGUUCCGAAGCCUUCCCCCAUCAGGUUACGCUUUUGAGAAAGAGGAAGUGAGAAUAGAGUAUGGGAAUAGCGGUGGCCCCGCCAUUCAGCUAUGGAAGUCCUUCAAAGAAACAAUUCCUCUUUAUGAUGUGGUGAAGAAACCCGUGCCGGAGAAUGUAAUGCAAAGGGAUAUGUUUGCUAUGAGUUCCUGCGAAGGCGUUGCAUAUGGGCCUCGUGAACAAACUGAAUUGGUGCCGAGCAUUUCUUACCCAGAGGAGCAAGAGGCUGUUGAAGAUGUGCAAGAGACAGAGCCGCAAUAUAAAUCGAAGCUGGAUUUGGAAAAACAAGGAGCUACUACUCAUAGGCCAAAGUCUCCUCUAGACGAAGCCAGAACAGGGCAGCUGGCUGAACAAAACAGACCUGACCUGUUAGGUGCGAGGCAAGAGGCUUUGAUGUCGAAAAGAUCUGGCUUGAAGAGGUUCGGUGGUUCCAGAGCUCCUCAUGAUGUGUCCAACCUAGUUCGGCAAAGGGAACUGUUUCCAUCUGGCAUGGAGAUAAUGAAUGAUUCGUAUUUCCCUCGGAAGUUGAAUGAAAAAAAUGAUGCGAAUGAUGAUGAACACGUGCCAGCUUCAGAAAAAAGCAUGUGGUGUGACGAGUCAGAGAAAUAUAUUCCUCCUGAGGGCUGGUUAGCUUGCUUAAACAGCAUGGAUGCCAACUCAAAUUACAAUCCACAUUUUUCCCGAAGGAAACGUCCGAGUGUACUUAGUUUUACCUCGGAUGAGAUGUCUUCUGUAGAUGAAGGCUCCUCGAUGGACGAUGAACCACUCUCUUAUUUUGCCUCUGACUACAUGCUUCAGAAUAUGUAUACCUUUAAGAAAAACGGCGAAGGUUUGGAGAUAGAUAAAAUAAAAAGUGGAGGCUCCCUCAAUGAAGAUGAGGAAGUGGUGGGGAUGGAACAGGCCAAUACCAGCUGCAGCCAGAACUUGAAGGGCAGUUCACGGGUCAAGAUCAAAGAGGUUUCCAGUCCAAGUGACAAGCUGGGUGUUCUCCCCAGGACUUCCAGUAAAAGGUAUCUCCAGUCUCUCAAGAAGAAAGCUACUAAGAGUCUGUCUCCAUCAGAAGCAGAUGAGUCUGAAGAUUACUGGGCAAAGGAACCGGAAGAAGAGGAGGAAGAGGGAGAAGAAGAGGAGGACGACGAUGACUACUUGAAUCAAAGAGGCUCCAGAAGAACCUUGACCCCCACCAAAAGUUGCCCUUACAGGCAGACUGGCCAGCAAGUGAUCUGGAGAGUACCAAAAAAUGCUGUGCCAGCUCACCUCCUUAGUUGGCCCAUGCAAGAUAAAAUGAAAACGGCAACUAAACUGAAGAAGGAUCAAGAACAAGUUGAGGAUCUCUUCGGCGACUAUAGCUUCUGGCUGCAGAGGCCGACAUCCCAACAACUAGAAGUGCUUGAGGCACGAAGAAAUUCACAAAAGAGUUCAGGAAGGCUACAAAAGGAAGGUGGAAGGACUGCAUCUGAUGAAUACUGGAUGAAAAGUGGAGCUAGACCCAAAUUUGCUAGCCUCGUGCAUGGUGACCACUUCCCCAUAAUCAGAAGCAGAGAUAGAGGCGACUUGCUUCUAGGCAUGCCAAAGAGAAAAGCACGGAAGCCUCCACAUAAGCGUAGAGACACAAGACAUGAUAUAGAAGUUGAAGAAUGGGAGAAGCCCAAGUCCACCCAACACAAAGGACGUGGAACAAGGAGAUCUCUCUAUAAAAGAAGAUAAUCGUAACUGAAGUGUAAACAAUCCCCAUAUAUCAUUCGGAUGAGUCCUAUUUAACGGUUGCAAGUGGCUCGGCAAGAUUAAAGUUGCACUGUAAAGGUUUCUGAGCACACAU